AUGCCGGUCUGCACUCUCCACCUCCUCGCUUUCAACCAACCAACCAAUCCACAAUCCUACAUCCAAGAAUUACAAAAAUCAACCAAAACCUGGAUAAAACCCCCCCUAGCAACAGAAAACUGGGAUCUCUUGCUCCUUCUCCAACCCAACAAAAACACCACAGACCCGAUCCCAACCCACCUCCGCACCGCCAUAAAAUCAGAAUACAAAAUCCCAACAGGGAUUCCCUCAAAACUCCUCGCCAACUACACAACCCGCAACAAAGCCUUGCAAGAAAAAUCUGCCUCAACCGCCCUAACAGGAUCAUUAGAAAAACACCUCUCCAACAGCAGCAAACCAAGCUCGCAAAAUCUCGAAAUCUCCCCAAGCCUCGUAUCCUUCAUGAACGAGUUAUCCGAGACGCACCCCGGCCCCGUGACGAUGCUCAAUCUGCUACAUUUUCAGCAGCCCACCGGUAAGCAGAGUUACUACCAGUACGGUCAGGCCUUCGUCCCUGUCGCGGGCAAACGCGGCGGAGACGCGAAGCUGGUUGGUAAUGUGGUGGUGACACCGCAGCUGCAGCCGCAGCAGCGCGAUAGCAAAAAUUCCAGCCCAGAGUCAAGUUGCCGCGGCGAUGGUGCGGCGGAGGGGUGGUGGGAUGAGAUCUCCCUCGUGCAUUAUCCUUCUAUUCGGCAUUUCUGCGAUAUGCUCGCUGGUGAUGAUUACCAGGCUAUUAAUGAGAAGUAUCGGCUUUCGGCACUUCGUGAUACCUUUCUCUUGUGUACCACCGAGUUGAACCUUGAGGGGGUGUCAGUAGGUGCAGAUUCGAAAUUGUGA